AGCGGCAAAACUUAAUCCUCGCGAUCUAUAUAAUUUGUGUCUGCUGUACGAUAUCCCUGCCACCCACCUCGCCACUCCUUGACUACAACCGCAGCUGUCAACGCUCGACAACACCCUCGAAUCCAGCAUAUCUUAAUAUAUAUUCCUAAUCGACACCUUUACUCGAGAAAAUGGGUAUCCGACAGUUCUUGGGUCGCGUCGUAGCGACAGUUGCGCUCGUCUCUGUUGUGGUCGCGCUGCCAACGGACAGCAAGAGCAUCCGCUGCGGUCCAGCAGGCGUCAAUCUCCGCGACCCUCCCACAUUCGAGGACGCCACCCCAGACCCAUCCUGGAAACCCAUUCCCACGGGCUGGAUCUUCAAGCCCUGGUACCAAGUUCUCACCAGCAACACGCAGGUGGCCCAACUCCGCAACUUCCAAUGGGACCCUACUCCAGUGACGUCGUCGGACCCGAAUGGACCGAUCAACGACCUUUCCUCGUUCCAAAUCCCCAACAACGACACCGUUUUCACAUCGUACGGUGUCGCGACUCCCAACACCAGCUACGUAAACGUCUACGAGUACCGCGGAACGGGGAUCCUGGAGAACGCCACCUCUCAGUACAGCUGGCUGGGUUGGGGCUGCGACGGCUUCGGCAAGUCCUACUACGUCUCAUACGCUACUGCAGCCCCGGCGAGCGGCACGCCUGCCGGGAUCGACUUUAUGAGCACCAGCGAAUACGGCCUGGACGAGAACACCAAGAACAAGCUAGUCGAAGUUCUCAAGCAGUCCGGGAGCGAGGAGGUGCGCAAGAUUGCGGAGACGUUCGUGCCAAACAUACAGGACGGUGGUCGCCGCGGCAAGCCCCGCAUCAGGGAGUGCGAUGACGAGUGCAAAACCAACAGUGAUCUGAUUGGUGUCAUCGGUUAGGUGGAAACUUGGAGGUCUCUUCGAGGCGAGUGGCUUCAUUUUAUUUUUUGUACCGGACGUAGACCUACUGGCGAACAUCAGCACGUGGUCAAACAUUCGAGCGAGAUACCCUGUCGGAAAGGCGGCAAAAUAAUUAGGGGAGUUAUACACACCUUUCACUUGCGAACGUGAAGAGAAAGAAUCUAUCUUUACAAACAUGUGCAUCGGCCGAUGCUAGUAAUCGUAAUGUUCGCUCAUUGUGCUGUCGUGAAGCAGCUGCCAUUUGGG